AUGGAAGCUGCGGGGGUCGACGAAGACUUCCAGAGAAUGUUGGAUGAAACCGUUGCUGAGUACAAGACCACAACCGGGCGCGAUCUCAGGGAAAAUGUGUCUUUAGAAGCUGAGAAUCUUCUAGCGAACAUCAAAGAGGACAAAGUGGACGACGAGGAAAAGCAGAAAUGGAAGAAAGCCAAGGAGUACCUCCGCAACAGUUUGAAAUGCAUUUUGACACUGGGCUCGAUUGCCGCCCAAGGUGCAUCAAUGGCGUUCGGGCCAGCGCAGUUGUGCUUCAACGCAGCCUCUUUUCUCAUCGACACGGCGCAAAAGUACGAGAAGAUCUUCUCAGGGCUCGGCGAUCUGUUCGAGAAGAUUUAUGGCUUCCUACUCCGCUUUGAAGUGCAUGCCAGGCCGAAGGCAAUCGGCGUGAAGAUCGACAGCCACCUCAAACUCAUUAUCCACAAGCUCCUCCGCAAAUUUGUCGAUAUCUGCGCUCUCUCCGUCAAGCUCGCUUCGACGAAAGGAAAGAUUCGUGCUGCUCUGUCGGCAUUUGCCUUCGGGAGCGAUCAGGGAGUGAGCGCUGCGAUGGCCAGUCUCCAAUUUCUAGUCGAAGAGGAGACGAGAAUGGCUAUAGCGUUGACUCUGGAGGAUACCCAGAACAGCGGAGCGAGGACGUCGGCCGGGAUCACCGAGCUCAAGGGCUUUGCACGCAACGCUGAUACCAAGCUCGACAAUAUGAGUCAUACUGUUUCACUCACGCUCGAAACCACCCAGAGUAGCGGAAUCGAGAUGACAUCCGGGUUGAAGAAGGUCAAUAUGGUCUUGCAGAAUACGGAAGCUAAAGUCGAGGCACUCCACAAGGCCGAAAAGCGCAAGGAGGAGGAGAAUUUCAUUGAGAAGACCCGAAAGAAGGUGAAGGAGCUUCUCAACAUUAAGGAAGAGACCUGGCGUGACCACCAGAACGACUAUCUCAGGAGCGCCGUGGAGAAUACGGGCAAGUGGCUGUUCGAGGAUGAGCAGUUCACUGCCUGGAAAGCCACCAACGAGGCCGAUCACACUAACCCGGUGUUCGCCCUUGAAGCCGGCAAGGGUUUCGGCAAAAGCAUACUGUGCGCCAAAGUCAUUGAGCACCUGAAAGACAGCUUUAAGGAUGGCAAUCAGACUGACCGGGUGUCCGUCGCCUUUUUCUUCUUUAAAGAAGACCGAAGCUCCCGUGAGGAUAACCUCUCAAUGAACAACGCACUCCAAAAGAUCGUGUGGCAGCUCAGCAAGAAUGACCCCGCUUACCAAAAGUUUGUAGCGGGAGUAGGGCAGGGCUCCGAUAGUUUCAGCAGCAACACGAUGCAGCUUUGGGAGAAGGGGGUCCGGGACUAUGCAAAGACGAACGCUACCUUCUUCAUAAUCCUCGACGGAAUCGACAUAGCCAAGGAGGAGGCGGUCAAGACACAGCCGCUUGUCAAGAUACUGCAAGACAUCGCCUACAUGACUAGGGAUCCCAGUUCGCGACUGCGCAUCCGGCUCUUUCUCACUGGCCAGGGAAAGGACUUUUCCGAGCUGAUCAACAAAAGUGGAACUGAUAUCUAUACGGUGGCGCUGGGACAGGUGAACCGCGACGACAUUGUUCAGUUCAUCAACAACCGGCUAGGCAGUGCGCCGGCCCUGCACACGCACGAUAACCUGCGCGUCAGAAUCUGCGGCAAGCUGCUCGAUAUCGCGGGCGGUGACUACCUCAAACUCACGCCGAUCUUGGAAGAGGUCAGCAAGAAGGAUCGACGCAAUGAGAUAGAGGCGGCACUGGAGCGCGCUAGGAAAGACCCGCAAGAGGCGUUGCGCAGACAGGUCGAGAAGCUUAACGCGCAGCUCGACGAUCAGGACAUCAAGGAACUGAACGAGUUGCUCGUGUGGGUGUUUUUCGGCAUGCGCUCGUUCUUGGUGGAAGAGAUGGAGACGGUGCUGUUCCUGAGGAAUUCGGCGAGCCGCGAGGAUUCUCUCGUAACACUGGCGAGGCAGAUUGAGGAAAAAUACUCAAUGCUGCUGUAUAUCGGCGAGAGCAGUUUCGUCAUGGCGCAUCCCACGCUGUGGUACAUCAAGGACCUGCAGAGCGAGCAGCAAGAGGCAGAGGAGGACGCGGACAGUGAGGCCGAUUCGACAAAGCUACACAAAUCCGAGGUGGAUAUCGUGAGGCGCUUCCUCAAGCAGGUCUGUGACGACAAGCUCUUUGCCAAAUUCGGGUUCGAGGACCUUUUCAAGCGCAAAAUGGGAAAAAAGGUCGCCAAGAUCGACUUUCAAGCGCCCAACGGGCACGUUCGGAUCCUGCUCACGAGCUUGAAGGCCAUCUGCGGAGACGACAGAGACAAAACCAAGCCACUGCAUCAAUAUUUUAUCUACUCGCUAGAUUACCACCUCAACGAAGCCGACCUAGCGCACGCCGAGCACAAAGCCAAGCAAGAGAUUGGAGCGUUGUUGCUUCAGAUGUUUACUGACGAGAAAUGUAUCAAGACGUGGUGGACCGAUGCGCGGCUGAACGCGUUGAUGCGAUAUUACGUGGACUACCAAAGUAACCUCGAGGAUGCCAUACUAAGGUGGUUCAAGGACACGGUCGUCGUCGAACACCUGUCCGAGGACGAUAAGCACUGGAUUAAUGACCUGUUGUCCAAAUCCAAGCCUGAGGAGGAUCUGUUCAAGUACAUCACGCGCGUUACGGCCAGAGUCUGGCUGCAGUCGUUCAAGUGGCCACUUUUCGACUACUUCUAUUGGGUGUACGCCUUUGUGACCAAGAUCGAGAACCGUAGUAGAAGCAUGAAACAGGCUCCUGAGAAUAUAGAACUUCUUAAGAUACCCGCUGACAUGAUCUACGCGGCCGAGAAGUGGGCCAAGAAGGAGUUGGCCAUCGAUGAAUCAGACGUGCAGUGGAUCGUCCGCGUGGCGUACACGCUGAGUCACUUCGGCCACCAGGCCGAAGCCCUUGAAAGAUGGCGCCUCGCGUGCUCGAUGGACCCGCACAACUGGAUGGUCGACUUUCUGCAUGUGAAGAUUAAGCGGGACCAGCAGGAUUAUGAGGCGUGCUUGAAGAGAGCAUUGGCCCUUGUAGAGCGCUUCCGCACCGAUGAGAGUUUGAGAAAUGACAUCGCUUGUUCGUGGAAGGAGGUACUGCGCACCAUCGCCGACGCAUAUCACUCCCUUGAACAGCAUGAAGCCAGUAUUCACGCAUCCUGUCGGCUGCUAGAACAGUUCCCGGACGACUACAAGUUCGUCAUGACCGUGGUCGAGCGCUUCGACGAGCGCGGCAACUUCCGCGGCGUCAUCGCCUUGCUCGAGGAGCUGGAUAUGCCGCGACCUAUAGAAAGGCUGGAGCAGCAGAAUCAGAAGGAGAGACAGCAAAAUGCUAACAACAACGAGGGUAAGGUGGUAGAGAAACAAGAAGAAGACAACGACAACGAGAACAGCGGUCCGACCAAGCUCACCACCCUCUACCAUGCCUUCGCCUCCUCAGACGACUAUGACUCCUCUUCCUCAUUCCACUACCGCGUUGCACGCGCUGCCCGCGUUACUAAUAGCAUGGUGGUCGUACACAAGGCCUUCUGCAACGCAAUGGAUGCCGCCAAGGCACAGCCAUCCCCUUCCUCCAUCACUACUUCUCCCUCACCCGACGAGGACAUACUCGCCGCUCUACGCUACUACUACGCCCUCACCCUCUUGCACCAGAGCACCUACCAAGACGUCGAUGACGCCGAUGCAGACACCAAAAAAGCGGUCGAACUGCUCGAGUGCAACCUUCUACCCAAUAAACUGACGUCUCCCACCACCAUCAAUGCCUGGACGCUCUACUGUAGCGCCCGCGCCCUGUCCAGUAUCUACCUGCACUACGCCAAAUCUGUCGGUGUGAGCGGUUCGGACUCGGACCAGUGGACGAAGAAGCUCCGCACGCUCGUCGACGCGCAGAGCGCGCAGGCGAGCAGUACCGGGGAAGGGGGGCCGGUCGCGACCACCCUAGUGCUAGGUCGCGUACUACACCUAGCCGGCAAGGAAAGUGAGGCUCGCGAGGCUACUCGGGGCUACGUACGCGUUGCACUGAAUCUUCUCGAUGACGACGACCCCGACAACGACACGCAAGCGUAUCUGAUGCUGGGCGAGGCGCUCGCACCGCUGGACGAUGAUGUGAAUGCGCUGGCAGCGUGGGGGGUCAUCAGGCCAUGGGAGGUGGGGAAGAAGAGCGAUGGAAAGGAGGGAAAGGCUGAGGACGAAGCUGGAGGAGAAGGAGGGGAUAAGGGAGAGGAAACGGCUGAAAAACAGAAGGGCGUUGAGAGGCAUACGGAACAAAACGACAGCAAGAACGACGAAGCAGAUGAAGCAACAGCCGACACUGAACCACCAAAGAUCAUCCGCACCCUCGACGCGGACGACACUGGCCCGAAAUCCUCCACCGAUGACGGAAAGCAAGGCAUACCCAUCUCGCCAGGAGACGGCACGGCCGCUACCGGUGAGGAACCACCGCCACCGCGCCUGGACGGCCCGCUGGGCAAUUACUGCGAUGGUAACUGUAACACAACGUGGGAGUACCCGGACGACAUCUACGUGUGCAAGGACUGCAUUGACGUUCAGUUCUGCGCCGUCUGCUUCGACAAGGUGCGGACCGGCACACUCGAACGCCAGAUCUGCGGCCGCGACCACGCCUUUCUGCACGUUCCCAGGUGGACUGACAUCGCGGCGGCUGAUAAGGCGGCGGGUGGUGUACCGAAGGGGUUCAUGCGGGUGGGCAAUGAGGUGUUGGCGAUUAAGGAUUGGAUCAAUGGGAUUCGGGUGAAAUGGGGGUUUGCGAAGGUGGAUUAG